CCGGUAGUGUUUACCUCACUUCCUGUCCGCGACUGAAGAGCGAGCGCGGGGAAAUUUGACGUCAGAGCGUCGAGAAAGUAACAUUAGCGUCGACUUCUGGCUUUUAACUCCAAGCAAGCCGACCGCGAAGCAUCGAGCGAGGAUGAGGAGCUUAGAGGAGGUGCAGGCCACGCUGGAGAUCGCCAAACUGAAGGAGGAAGACUUGGUCCCGACGGUCCAGUGUCUGUCGUUCGGGGACAACGUCUCUUCUGCAGACUACUGCCUGAUGGAGCUGGACGAAACGCUGUGCAGACACAUAGAGGCUGGAGACAGUCUUGUGAUUCGGGGCGAUAAAGAUGAGCAUGCAGUGCUUUGCAGCAGCGACAGGACCUAUGACCUGAAAAUAGCCGACACGUCCAACCUGCUGCUGUUUGUGCCCGGCUGCAGGACGCCAGAGCAGCUGACCGACAGCCGGGGCGGCUCUCGCGUCGAGCACGCUCAGAUCUGGGGGUUCUGUAACAGUUACUGGGAGUUGAGGAAGCAGAGACCUAAACUGAAGAAGCUGAAGAAGCUUUUGAUGGAGAAUCCUUACGAAGGACCUUCAUUAGGAGGACAAGAGGAGAACACAGAGAACAGGUACACAAUGGAAGAUCUAUUGGAGAGGAUUCAGGCCAGUGAGGAGGAAUUAAAGACCCACUUGGAGACCAUCCACGCCUGUCAGAUCGAGGGAUACUGGCGUGUGCUGGACUUUGACUACGAGAUGAAGCUUCUCGGUCAUGUGACCCAGCUGGUAGAUUCUGAGUCUUGGUCCUUCAACAAGGUGUCCCUUCAAACCAGUCUGGAGGAGCUGGCUCCGCUGGAGCCCAGGGAGAUGAUUGAGCACUGUUUAAACUGCUACGGAAAGUGCUACGCCGAGAACGGCGAGGUGUUCUAUGCAUUGCAUGAGGAUAAGGUGUGUCGGGGCCUGGCGCUGAUGCUGCUGCAGAACGCCGUCAAGUUCAACCUGAGGGAGUUUCAGGACGUCUGGCAGCAGAGUGUCCCAGAGGGCAUGAGCACGAGACUGGAGCAGCUAAAGGGGGUCGCUCUGGUGGAUCGGACCUCCCGCCCGGAAACCAUCAGCCUGCUGCGGGUGGACGAUCUCCCAGAGGACACAGUGGAGCGCUUCAAUCAGCUCUUCUCGCUCAGAGAGAAGUGGACGGAGGAUGACAUCACGCCAUACAUACAAGACCUUUGUGGAGAGAAGCAGACGACCGGAGCCCUCCUGACCAAAUACGCUCGAUCAUCAAUGCAAAACGGAAUCAAAGUCUUUAACUCCAGGAGACCUGUGGCUUUAUGAAGUCUCCAAGCAGACCGGAGACGGAUUUAAAUGAGGACAAUUCUGCCAUUUCAUACAAAUUAAAUCAUCUCACCUAAAAUGUUAUUCUGCAGUGAGCUUGUACACUUUUUAAAUCAGUUUAGGCCUCUUAAUUUUCACUUUUCUGUUCAAAAGAGGUGAAAAUGUGUCUUUAAAAGAAGUUUUCAGUAUGGAUGGAUCUGUAUUGGUUUUCUUGUGUUUGUUUUUUUGACUUGGAUGAAUUAGUAGUUGCUGUUGGACGUCAGCAGGAGUUGUUAGGGUGGUUUAACACAGGGUGGCGUGCUGCACCCAAAUAACCCCCACCUAGUGACUAAGAUUCUGCCCUGGUCCCUGUUGCAAUCACAUGACACGUAAAGUAGAUUGAUUUGAGUUAAUGAUUCAUUUCCUGGCUCUUGGUUGCUGCAAAAUACAUGCCUGUUCUAGUCUUGGUCACAAAGAUCUUAAACUAAUAGAGCGGAUUUCUGUUAAUGAAUGUAGUUUAGAUUUUUGUUAUUUUUUUAACAGGAGCAUACUGUCUGUUCAAACUCUCAUGCGCCUUGCAGCAUUUCCCCGAAUUUUGCAUCAAAUAAAUGUUAUUGGAGCUUUGAUAAAAUGAUACUCAUCCUUUGCAGUUCGGUAAUAAUCGAGACGUGGCCUGAGAUCCAUAAAAAAAUAAAACAGUUUACAAGAGAAUUUCAAGCUAAAGACAAUUUGGGAUUAAGUAGAGAAUAGAAAUGAAGCUUUAACAUCUGCAUCCUGUUGCUUUAGCUUUGAAGCCCUAUGAAUCAGGACACAGCCUUAAAAAAAAGUUAUUUGUAGUGUUGGUUUUCUUCCUCAUACAGUGUUUGUGUAAGACAAAACAUUGAUUUUGGUUUUUCAUUCAACCAGAGCACUUUCUUCCACGUAUUUGCUGGGUCCCCUACAUUGCUAGUGGCAAACUUUCUUACAGCUGUGCUUGGUGUGGUUCUCGGUCUCCAUAAUGAUUUAUUUUUUCCUGCUACAACUGUUUGAUAAAACUCAAGUCUUCACAGGACAGCUACUGAUUUUGAAGGUGUUGCAUUUCAUCAUUCAGGGUUAUCCAGGGUAAAGAAGGAUGAACACAAUCCACGUCAUAUUCUCCAGUUUUCACCACUUUGUGGGAUUUUGUCACAGAAAUUCUCAAUAAAAUUCUUUGUGGUUGCA